AUGGCAAAACAACUAUUGCCGUGGACCUAUGUCCUUCUUUCGCUCACUGCUGCUGAGCAGCCUUCAGCUCCAAAACCCGUUGCUGCUCCUAUGAGGCCCCUACCAUGGGGUCAACUGAACUUCCUCCAAACUACAGACACGCACGGCUGGCACGCCGGGCAUUUACAAGAAUCGCAAUACUCCGCCGAUUGGGGCGACUACAUAUCAUUUGCCGAGCGUAUGCACCAGAAGGCGGACGAAAUCGGGGCAGACCUCCUUCUUGUCGACACCGGCGAUCGAGUGGAAGGCAACGGACUUUACGAUGCCUCGAAACCGAAGGGGAGAUACGACUACGAUAUCUUCAAGGAACAAGAUAUCGAUAUAAUAUGCACUGGGAAUCACGAGCUUUACCAAGCCGAUGCAGCAGCUCGAGAAUAUACUCAGACGGUGCCGAAUUUCAAAGGGAAAUAUCUAGCAUCGAACCUCGAUUAUAUAAAGCCUGAUACGGGGGAAAGAAUUCCCAUGGCACAACGUUUCCGGAAAUUUACUACAAAGAACCAAGGGAUCCGGGUGCUGGCGUUUGGGUUCUUAUUUGACUUCACGGGCAAUGCGAACAAUACUAUUGUCCAACCAGUCGGGAAAACUAUCGAAGAAAAAUGGUUCCAAGACGCCAUCCGAGAAGAUGUGGAUCUAUUUAUUGUCAUUGGCCAUGUUACCCUUCAUGGACCAGAAUAUAAGGCUAUUUUCAAGGCGAUCAGAAGUCAGAAGUGGGAUACUCCUAUUCAGUUCUUUGGCGGACAUAGCCACAUCCGAGACUUUGCAAAGUACGAUUCGAAAGCGUAUGGUUUUCAGAGUGGACGGUAUAUGGAGACUGUUGGUUGGAUGUCAAUAGAUGGCAUCAAGAGCAAGGGAAAGAAAGGAGACCUCAAAGAGCUCGAAUUACGAUCGGACAUGUCGUUCCAAAGGAGAUAUAUCGAUAACAAUCUCUUUGGCUACCGUUACCACACGGGGUUGAAUGAAUCAACAUUUCCCACAGGGCAUGGCCAGAACGUAUCUGCAUCUAUACACAAGGCGAGGAAAGCUUUGAAUCUCGAUUACUUUUACGGUUGUGCCCCAAAAGAUCUCUGGAUGAGCAGAGCGCCAUAUCCAAGCGACAACAGUCUUUAUAGUUGGCUUGAGAAAGAAGUUCUAGCAGAUGUCGCCACCAAUCCGAAACGCAAAGAUAAACCUCGAAUGGUCAUCUUCAAUACCGGAGGGAUGAGAUUUGAUAUCUUCAAAGGCACUUUCACCCGAGACAGCACUUACAUCGUGUCUCCAUUUGUUAGCACUUUGAAGUACAUCAAAGAUGUUCCAUUCAAGGCUGCUAGCCAAAUGCUGCCACUUCUCAACAACGGCGGACCAAUAUUCGAGUCCACAGAACUCCAACCAUGGCAGCUUGCACCUCCGGAGCAACUCGCCAUCCAUUACGAUAUCAUUGCUCCCCAGCUCUCCAUCCAGGACUCAUUCAUCUCAGGAGCAGCACAAGCACCCCUCCUCUCUUCAUCGCCAGAUCUAGUACCAGGCUACACCACCAAAGACGACGCCGGUGACGACGGAGACGACACCCUCCACGCCCCCAUCUCCUUCUACAAGAUACCGAACUGCAUCCAAGCCACUGCUUCAAUGGCCGAAAAAAGUGACCCAGAAACCGUUGACCUAGUCUUCAUCGAUUUUAUUCAACCCUGGGUUCUCACUGCACUGCAGUUCACGGGACAGACAUACAACAAUAGCCACGUGGAGAAUUAUAGGCCGGAGAUAUUUACCGAUCUCUUGGCGGGGUGGAUUAAGGAGCAUUGGAGGGGGGAUUGUAGGUCUUAG